UAUUUUUUAAUUAAUCACGAACUACGUACCCCUCGUUGUCUCGCACGAACAAAAUAUAAAUAAGUGGUAGUUGAGUGCCUUCUCUCCCACUUGGAAUGUUAGAUUCACAGUAGUACUGACCGAAACAGCAACCCAGAGAAGUGAACACCUUCCCCUUUUCUCCUCUUCGUCUCUCUUCUCUAACACACACUCGCAGAAAAAGACAAGCGUAUUAAUGGCUACUAUGAAAAAAGAGUCGGUUAAGACCAUGGAAACCAUGCCCAACAAGGGAGCAUGGACAGCUGAAGAAGACAGGAAACUGGCUGAGGUUAUUGCAACUCAUGGUGCCAAAAGAUGGAGGACAAUCGCAUCCAAAGCAGCUCUCAAUAGGUGUGGUAAGAGUUGCAGGCUAAGAUGGUUGAAUUAUUUAAGACCAAACAUCAAGAGAGGCAAUAUAUCUGACCAAGAAGAGGACCUCAUACUUAGGCUUCAUAAACUACUAGGAAACAGGUGGUCACUGAUUGCCGGAAGAUUACCGGGUCGAACAGAUAAUGAGAUCAAGAACUACUGGAAUUCUCAUUUGAGCAAGAAAAUAAACAAAAAAGGGAAACAGAUUGAAGCUUCAAAUAGAGAAUGCCAGAAAAUUGAGAAAAAGACAGUAGAGAUCAGUUUGGAGUUGAAAGAAGAUAAUAAGCCACAUAAUGGAAGUGAAGAAGGCUCAAAUGUAAAUUUUAAUAUAGACGAUCUCUUUGAUUUCACCGAUGAAGAUACUUUGAACAUGGAAUGGAUGAGCCGAUUCCUUGAAAUGGACGAGGCUUAAGUUCUGUUUUGUCAUGAAAGUGUGUAAACUUGCUUCUCUCUUGAUUUUAGUGCUGUAAAUUAUAGUGUAGUUGCUAUUAAUAAUUGCUCAGGGGGAGAGUGACGCUCCAGAGUGUGUGUGACUGCUGCAUGAUCGAUGAUUCAUGAAUAUGGAACAGUUUAUGUUGUGUGUGGGCUCCUUUCUUUCUUGGGGGAGGCGUUUUUUGGACU